GUUUGGUAAAGCAUUACUCGUUGGCCAGACGUUACAGCUUGAACAAUACAUCGACUAUUAUAACUCAACCUCACGUUCAAUAUGAAACUGUCAGGUUUGUUUGUAUUGAUAAUGGCGGUGCUCUCAAUAUUUGUUGGAUCCAACGAGGCAGCUCCCAAAAUUAGUGGAAGUGCUAUCAAGAAAGGUGGUAAAGUCAUUAGAAAGGGAUUUGGUAUCGCCAGUGCGGCGGGAACAGCUCACGAAGUCUACGAACAUAUCAAAAAUAGGAGACAUUAAAGUUAUAAGCCGUAAUAAGUGAAACCGACAGACAGCUACCUGAUAUUAUCUGAUGAAUUAACUACCUCUAUUAUUUACUUUUUUUUAAAUAAUUAACAAGCCAGAAUGAAUCUAAAAGCUUACAAAAGUAGGACUAAUAAAUUAUUAAUAUAAAA